AUGGACAAGUUCAUCCAACAACUUUAUGACCUCGGAGUCUUCAAAUUGGGCGAUUUUGUGCUCAAAAGUGGAGUCAAAAGUCCGAUUUACAUUGAUUUGAGGGAUUUGAUCAGUUGUCAAUCUUUGAUGGUAAGAAAUUUAUGGAAAAACAACUUUUUUUUUUCAAAACAAAAUGGUUAAAGUAGUCACUUUGAUAACAUAUAUGAUUACAGCGUGCAGCAACGGAACAAUUAUGUGAAGUAAUUAAACGAGAAUCCUUAGAGUACGACUAUAUUGUUGGAGUCCCAUAUGCUGCUUUGCCAUUGGGAACGGUAACUUUUUUUAAAUUUAUGGGCUAAAUAUGUUUGUUACACGUUUUGGUACUAGUGGUACAUUAUAAAAAUAAAAAAAAGUUUUGAGUAUUUUUAAAAACUAACAUUUUUUAAUUUAAAAAUUUUUAAAAUGGUAUUAAAUAUUGUAGCUGGUGUCCUACUUCAAUGACAAGCCAAUGUUGAUGAAGAGAAAAGAAGCCAAAGGCUACGGUACUAAAAAGUUGGUCGAAGGAAAGUACGAACCAGGCAAAAGAGCUCUAAUUGUUGAGGAUGUGAUCUCAACUGGAGCUUCUAUUAUGGAAACGGUCGAUUGUUUGAGGAAGGAAGGAUUGAUUUGCGAAGAUGUUGUUUGUGUAUUAGAUAGAGAGAUGGGAGGCAUCGAAAAGUUGGCUAAGCAAGGAAUUAAGGCUCAUAGGUCAGGACGUGCUGCCACGGAUUACUUUGUUUUGCUUUGAUCUAUCUUAACCUACUUUAUCUUACUUUAAAUUACUCUACCCCUUUAAUUACUUGUGGUCUACACUAUUUUAACUUAUGUUAUCUUACACUGCUCUAAGCAAGUUUUAAAUUAAACGAUUUCCAGCGUAGCCAAAGUCGAGAUCAUCCUGGAUUACCUGGUCAAAGUCAACGCCAUAACAGAGCAAAAGCGCGCUGAAAUUGACGACGCUUUAAAGAACCCGGUCUUGGCUAAUCCACCAAAGAAAAUCGACUGGAAUCUGAAGUCGAGAGAAGACUUGUUACGUCAGAAUCGCUUAAACUCAACGGUGUUGGACUUGAUCAACAAAAAACAGUCGAAUCUGUGUGUUGCGGUUGAUUUAUCGACCAAAAAAGAGGUGUUGGAAACGGUGGAUAAAAUCAAGGAUAAUGUGAUUUGUGUAAAGCUGCAUGCUGAUACGAUCAAUGAUUUUGAUCAAGAUUUAGUGGAGAAGUUAAAGGAAUUGGGUCAAAAACACGGAUUCUUAUUGUUUGAGGACAGGAAGUUUGCUGACACUGGCAAUACCAAUGAACUUCAGGUAGGGUUGAUAUUAAUUUGUGUUCUUUUAUCUAUACUUUAUCUGCUCUUAUUGAUACCCUUACUCCUAUUUGUUAAAACUACUGUACAUUUAUUCUGCUGUACCAUAUACACUAUCUGCAACUAAUUUCAGCUGACCAAUGGAGCCACGCCUAUUUCAAACUGGGCCAACCUAGUCACAGUUCACGCCGUGGCCGGUAAGCCAGCCAUAGAAGUUAUGAAGUCAGUCAUCGCCGAUGACACUUCAAAAACUGACGGUGUUUUGAUCGUAUCCGAACUAUCAUGUGAAGGCGCAUUAACUAAACUGGCUGGAUAUACUGAGAAUGCUGUCAAGGUCGGUCAGGAGCUGAGAGAGAUUGUGGGCGGAUUCAUUUGUCAAAAACGACCGGUUGAUGACGAAGGCUUCUUGUACUGGACGCCUGGAGUGAAUUUGGCCGCGAAGAGCGAUGGAAAAGGCCAAAAUUGGAGGGGAAUCGAAGAGGUAUGGAUACAAAGUUAAUUUUAGGUUGAUCACAAAUAGAUUUUGCAUUUUUUAAAAUUUUUAUAGGUAACAAUUUGGAAAAAAGUCAAUUUUUUACAGUUUUAGGUAGAUUUUAAAAUUUCAGGUAAUAACAUCAAUUUAAGAUGCGUGUCUGAACCAAGUAAUACUAAAAAACUUGUUUUAGGCCAUUAUCGACCAAGGAAAUGACAUCAUCAUAGUCGGCCGUGGUAUUACGAAAGCCUCAGAUCCAGCUGCUGAAGCCGAAAAGUACGCCAAAGCUGGCUGGGAAGCUCUUCAGAAGCGUCAAUGA